AACUGUAUUCUAGCCUUCCUGGUUUUCUGUUUGUCUUCCCUCAUCCCUUUGUCCUCACCCAGGCAGGAGAAUAUCAAUAUGGGUGGAGGCACUAGUGACAAUUGGGACACAGAAGUCACAUCUGUUCAGAAGGAUGCUGGCUAACCCAGUCCACCCUGGACUUGUUUAGGUUCAAGGCAAACUAAAUGUUCUCAGUUCUUCUCUUUUCUAUCUCUUGUAUCCUGUUGUAUUUGUAAGAUGUUCAAGUCCUUUGUCAACUGGUCUGUGGAAAAGAAAGGAUCUGAUGCUUCCUUUAUUUUUCUUGCUUAGAGUCCUGUAAACAGCUGGUCCUUGCUGAGGCAGUAGAAGUUAUAAAAGUAUAAAACUGCCCCCAUGCUAUACCUUCCCCCGACAAUCCUGAAGAAUCUGUUAAACCUGAAUCCCCAGCUGGUGCUUGUGGACUGGAGCUGUAAGAGUGGCAAAGUUCUCAGUUUUGAGGCUCUGAGCUCCAGUGUCCCUUGGGAAAAGUGGCAAAGAUUUUUCACAUUUUGGGUACUGGAUGUCUAACUUAUCAGAAGAUGGAGCUCCCCAGAGUGGCCUAUGACUCAAGUCAGCUGCCCUCCCCAGAGAGAACUUUGGGCCUCUUUGGAAGCCUAGGUUAAGCAGCUUGUUCUGACAACCCUUCCACAAGACCCCAUGAAACCAUCACUACCGAAAUCUGGGAACGGACUAAGUGUCCCUACCCGCCCCCCAGGAGGUAUGCCCCCGUCCUCAAAGUUGGACGCCUUCCGGUCACUUUGGGCACCGGGGUUGCAAGUGUGUGCAACAGCUUCCACUUUCCGGUCAACCGGAACCAUUCCCAGAGCGGCUGCUGCUGUGUGGGUCGUGCCUCGGCGGAGUUCCUGGGGGUGGUGCCCGACCAGAGUGGCGGCUACGUUAUCCAAUAGGAAGGGAUAUUAUUGGCUCAGCAGCCAAUGAGGAGCCUGGUGAGGAAGACGCGGUGUUCUGAGCAUGGAGGCACCGACUUGAGGCAGCAUGGGUCUCUGUCUGAGGUGGCGCCGGCUUGGGUUCCCACUCCCAGGGUUCCGCUGCUGCGAGCUACACACAGUGCGCGAGGCCUCUGUACCGGCUCCUCCACACUGGUUGGCAGAACGAGUUAGCCUUUUUGAGGAGCUAUGGGCUGCUCAGGUGAAAAAGUUAGCAAGUGUGGCACAGAAGAAAGCCCGGGCUAUUGAGAUAACCCUUCCUGAAGGCCAGAAAGUAGAUGCUGUUGCGUGGAACACAACCCCUUACCAGCUGGCCCAGCAGAUCAGUUUAACUCUGGCUGAUACUGCAGUGGCUGCUGAGGUAAAUGGAGACCUCUAUGAUCUGGACCGACCCUUGGAGACAGACUGUCACCUCAGAUUUCUCACAUUUGAUUCCCCAGAGGGCAAAGCAGUGUUCUGGCACUCGAGUGCCCACGUUCUGGGUGCAGCAGCUGAGCGACAUCUGGGUGCUGUUCUCUGCCGAGGUCCAAGUACACACUCUGGCUUUUAUCAUGAUUUCUUCCUGGGAAAAGAACGGACAGUCCGCAGCGCGGAGUUACCCAUGUUAGAGCGGAUUUCCCAGGAGAUCAUAGCUGCUGCACAACCGUUCCGAAGGCUGGAGGCUUCCCGGGACCAGCUCCGCCAGCUCUUCAAGGAUAACCACUUUAAGCUUCAUCUGAUUGAGGAGAAAGUGACAGGCACAACGGCAACAGUGUACGGGUGUGGCAUGUCGGUUGACCUGUGCCAGGGCCCCCAUCUUCGGCACACUGGACAGAUUGGAGCGCUGAAGCUGCUCACGAACUCCUCAGCCUUGUGGAGGUCCUCGGGAGCACCGGAGCCACUGCAGAGGGUAUCAGGGAUUUCCUUCCCCAAGGCAGAGUUACUGAGGACCUGGGAAACUCAAAGGGAGGAAGCAGAGUUAAGAGACCACAGACGCAUCGGGAAGGAGCAGGAGCUUUUCUUCUUCCAUGAACUGAGCCCUGGGAGCUGCUUUUUCUUGCCACGAGGGACAAGAGUCUAUAAUGCCCUGGUGGCUUUCAUCCGGGCUGAGUAUGCCCGCCGUGGUUUCUUAGAGGUGAAAACUCCCACACUGUUUUCUACAAAACUCUGGGAACAGUCAGGGCACUGGGAGCAUUAUAGGGCAGACAUGUUUUCCCUGAAGCCCCCAGGCACAGAUGGUGUCGACAGCUCCCAGAGUGGCCAUCCUGCCAGAUGUCCCAAAGACACACUUGCUCUAAAGCCCAUGAACUGCCCUGCACACUGCCUGAUGUUUGCCCACCGGCCCCGAUCCUGGCGGGAACUGCCUGUGCGACUGGCUGAUUUUGGAGUCCUGCAUCGGGCUGAGGCCUCUGGCAGUCUGGGAGGAUUGACGCGGCUGUGGCGCUUCCAGCAGGAUGAUGCUCACAUCUUCUGUGCACCCAGUCAGCUGGAAGCAGAGAUCCGGGGCUGCCUUGAUUUCCUCCGGUCUGUUUACUCAGUUCUUGGUUUUUCCUUCCACCUGGCUUUAUCUACGCGACCAUCUGGCUUCCUCGGGGAGCCUCACUUGUGGGACCAGGCUGAGCAGGUCCUGCAGCAAGCAUUGGAGGAGUUUGGAGAAUCCUGGGACCUCAACCCUGGAGAUGGGGCUUUCUAUGGGCCUAAGAUUGAUGUGCACCUCCAUGAUGCCCUUGGUCGGCCCCAUCAGUGUGGAACAGUCCAGCUUGACUUCCAGCUGCCGCUGAGAUUUGACCUACAGUACAAGGGGCCGGCGGGGGCCCCAGAGCGUCCAGUCCUUAUUCACCGAGCAGUGCUCGGCUCUGUGGAGAGGCUGUUGGGAGUGCUUGCAGAAAGCUGUGGGGGGAAAUGGCCCCUGUGGCUGUCCCCGCUCCAGGUGGUAGUCAUCCCUGUGAGGACAGAGCAAGAGGAGUAUGCCAGGCAGGUGCAGCAGUGCCUGCAGGCUGCAGGACUUGUGAGUGAUCUUGAUGCAGACUCUGGACUGACGCUCAGUCGGAGAGUCCGCCGGGCCCAGCUUGCCCACUACAACUUUCAGUUUGUGGUCGGCCAGAGAGAGCAGAGUCAAAGGACAGUGAACAUACGCACUCGGGAUAACCGUCAGCUCGGGGAGCGGGGCCUGGCUGAGGCCGUGCAGAGACUGCUGGAGUUACAGAACGCCAGGGUCCCCAAUGCAGAAGAGGAGUUCUGAGGGAUGCUCACUGGUGAUGUGCAGACUCACUUUCCACAGGACACUAACCAUCUGGUAGCCCAGCAUGUCCCCAAGUCCUCAGAACUACUGUCUGAAAAUAGACGCGGUGGAGGAGCUCCCCACAGGAAGGGAUGCUGUACUGCCUGGAUAGAAGGAGAAUAAAAAUAAACUUGAAGCCAAGGCUGUGCCUUCAUCUGACUCUGAA